AUGGAGUCCUCCCUGUACAAAGACAUCACAACCUCACGAGGGCUGAAAUAUCACUAUUAUGUCUCGCCGUCGAGCGACUCAAAGCCGACUUUGCUAUUCCUCCAUGGAUUCCCUUCAACCUCUUACGACUGGCGCAAGCAAGUCUCCUUCUUUAAAGACAAAGGCUAUGGACUCAUCGUCCCGGACCUGCUCGGCUACGGAGGCACCGACAAGCCGUCCGACCUCGAGCUUUAUAAGUACAGCGCGAUGGUCCUCGACAUCAUCGACAUUCUAAAUGCCGAGAAAGUCGAUAAGGUCAUUCCUAUUGGCCAUGACUGGGGAAGCUUCGUUGCUGCGCGUCUUGCGUCGUAUUUCCCAGAUCGCUUCGUAGCAUUUGGAUUCUUGGCUGUGAAUUACAACCCUCCGCAACCCGACUUUGACUUGAACACGAUGCUUGCGUAUACCAAACAAGUCUUUGGAUACGAACUUUUCGGAUACUGGCUUUUCUUUGCCGAAGAGGGCUCCGAUAAGAUCAUAGAGGAGCAUUUAGAGUCUGCUUUGAGCAUCAUCUUUCCUGCCGACCCGAGCCUUUGGACGCAACACCUGGCACCAUUAGGUGCAGUCAAGGCUUGGGUUACAUCUGACCAGAAAACUCAGGUGGCACCUUACAUCACGAAGGAGGAAUUCGAAGAGUACGGGAGGAUCGCCAAAAGCAACGGAUUCGCUGGGCCCCUUAACUGGUAUAAGCUCAUGGUUUCUGGCCUGGGCCCUCAGGAUGACAAGAACAUUCCUCCCCAGAACAUCAUCGUGCAGCAACCCGUUUUCUACGCCGCUUGCAAGCUUGAUGCAGUCUGUCCCGCUGCGCUUGGCGUGCAGACAACGCAACAAACUUGUCCGAAGGCAACCAUCAAGGAAUACGAUUCCGACCAUUGGAUUCAGCUGUCUCACCCUGAGGAGCUGAACAAUGAUUUAUUGGCGUGGUUGGAGGCUAUUUCAGUCUGAGGCGUAUCGGAACUUGACUUUGACGGAAAUGAAAACAACUUAGAAUGUAUCCAUGCCAUUGUACAGUAUGUAUACUCCCCUGUGAUCGACACUGUUGCCUGUUUUUAUCGUUAUCCACACAAAGAAGUUGUUCAGAAGAUGUUUGGU